AUGUCCCGCCCUCAAGACGACCGUAACCAGGAGGCAACAGUGUAUCUGGGAAACCUCGACGAACGGUGUACAGACGCGCUGGUUUGGGAGUUGAUGCUGCAAGCGGGCCCCGUUGUCAAUGUUCACCUGCCCAAAGACCGGAUAUCCAUGGCCCACCAGGGCUACGGCUUCUGCGAGUUCUUGACCGAAGAGGAUGCAGAAUAUGCAUGUAAGAUUAUGAAUCAAAUUAAACUAUGGGGCAAGCCCAUCAGGGUUAACAAGGCAUCAUCUGACAAAAAACAACUUGACGUUGGAGCCAACCUCUUCAUCGGAAAUCUGGACGAAAACGUGGACGAAAGGCUACUAUAUGAUACCUUCAGUGCGUUCGGUUUGAUGACGACAACGGCCAAGAUUGCCCGCGACCCGAGCACAGGAGCCUCCAAAGGCUAUGGCUUCGUAUCUUACACCGACUUUGAAGCAUCUGACGCCGCCAUCGAGUCAAUGAACGGCCAAUUCCUGAUGAACAAAGCCAUCACCGUCCAAUACGCAUUCAAGAAAGACGGCAAGGGGGAGCGGCAUGGAACACCUGCUGAGCGUCUCCUGGCAGCACAGGCGCGCAAGAACAACGCCCUGCCCGUCACAGCACGUCCUCCCCCCGCUCCAAUCACAUUUGGGACCCGACCGCCCAUGCCCGGCUUCCAAGGGCCCUACCAAGGGCAGUUUGCCGGUGCACUGGCUGCCCCACCUGCCCCACCGCCUCCGCCUGUCGGGUUCACACCCCAGCAGACGGUCAUGGCUCCCAUGGGUAUGCCGAUGGCCCCGCCUGGGAUGAUGCCGUCGCCCAUGGGCAUGCCUCCGAUGGGAAUGCAGCAUCCGCCUCCUGGAAUGCAGAUGUACGGCGCGUACCCGCCACCGCCACCCCCUGGCUUUGGAAGCCCGUUCCCUCCAGGUUCAGUACCUCAGCAGGCUCCGCAAUAUUAG